AUGACGAGCCUAAACAAUAUCAGCGAAUCCAGUGAAAUGUCGGAAAGCAUGUGUGAAUCUGAACUCCAUUCGGAAAGGGAUUAUUACGAAGAAAGUAAGAAGAUGACCGUCAACAUGGCUGGAAACGCAACGGCAGUAAACAGCAACGGGGCCGCUAUGAAUAAGCAUAAUAUCAUGCGCAAUCCCGCUGCCUUACAGCAAGUUGCGGCAGAUCUAGAACGCGGCUUACCUGUCAGAGAUCACAGACAGCGCUUUCGAACGUACAAACAAACCUUUGUGGGAACUGAUUGCGUUGAUUUUCUGGUGAGAUCACAGUUGGUGGAGUCAAGGACAGCAGCUGUGGAAUUGGGACGGAAACUGGUGUCGGAACUGAAUCUUUUUGAGCAUGCUACUUUAGAUGAUCAAGAGUUUAACGAUGACCACUUCUUUUAUCGAUUCAUUGAGCCUGAAAGACGCACCUUACCACCACGGGCAUCCAUAUCAAAGGCUUCUGCCCAAGGAGCAGCAAAGCCUGCCUCAGCGAAAUCAAUGUCCUCAACAGACGCAACUUUAAAAUCGGCUGCUGAAUUGAUACGCCAAAAGCUACCAGUUCGAGGGUUCCGGGUCCACAACUUUAGCAUUUAUCGAAACUCGUUCGUUGCCAGUGAAGCUAUUACGUUUAUGGUUCAUGAACAGUUGGUUGGCACACGGUACGAAGCUGUCAAGCUGGGCCAACGAUUAGAACGAGAACUGCAACUGUGGCAGCAUAUCGACCAAAGGCUCGCAUUUAGCGACAAGUACUUGCUCUUUCGAUUCCAAGAAAAGAAUGCACAGAACAAACUGAAAUCGGCCGCCACGGCAUCCCAGGAGCAAGCCCAACGGCAGCAGCAGCAGCAGCAACCAGGAACCAACCAGCAACAGCGACCGAGUCACAUCACCACAGCAACGCUCUCUCCCGAUGACUCCCUGCAAUCUACACCUGAUGCAGCAGAUGCCUCCGCAGGAACAGCAGCACCAGCCCGUCCACAACUUCACACAAUGUCGCAAUUGAACACGAUUGGGAAUAUUCUCAAAAGAGGACUCAAGGUUAAGGACCGGUCCCACAAGUUCAAAACCUAUCACAAAUGCUUCAUGACUCGUGAAGCCAUCGACUUUAUGGUGAAGGAAGGCUUGUGUGCUGACCGAAAAGAGGCGGAGCAACUAGGACUUGCGCUUCAACAUCAGCUGGGACUUUGGCAUCAUGUCAGCUUUGAUGACAACUUUAAGGAUGGCAAGCUAUUAUUUCGAUUCUCCACCACCUACGGGUCCGAAGAAUUCACCAUCGCCUCGGAAAAAUACUCCGGUUCCUUCCACACAGUCUCCAUUCCGGAAGGCACUGGACAUUCCAUCGCUUCCACGACUCUCUCAAUUGGAGGUCCUACCUAUAAGCUUCAAAAUGGCACCACUUUGGACAUAUUGGGCUUGAACAGCGUUGCCUCCAAGCUAAAUCGAGGUCUGAACAUCAAGGACCGAAAGUACAAAUUGAAACGCUAUCGCAACGUCUUCGUCGGAACCGAGGCUGUGGACUUCAUGGUGCAAUCAAAAAUCACCUCCAGUCGGGAAGAGGCAGUGAAACUUGGCAAUCACCUGAUGGACCAAUUUGAUUUGUUCUACUGUGUAUCCACUCGUGGAAAGGCUGUCAAAAGUACAUCCAAAGGUGGUGUGGCCAAUGGUGAGGAGAAAAACGCAAUGAGCGGCAUUGAUAGUAGCAAAAACGGAAUCAACAAGCCGUUUGCGGACGAAUUCUUCCUCUAUAGAUUCUCCAAAGACACCAAACUGAGCUUGGGGCGCUCAUCCAUAUCCACAGAUGGCUUCAGUUUCGACCAAUCGUUUGCUUCCUUUGCUUCCUUUGAACUCAGUCUUGACGACGACAGCCAAGACGGUGACAUGGAAUUUUCGGGAGUCACCGAGCAGGUGGGACGGAUGAAGCGACAGGAAAUCUUACAGAUUGGAGAGCGACUGCGACGGGGAAUUCGCGUGCAAAACCGAAAACGUAAAUUCAAGACUUAUCGCAGUUGUUUCAUCGCCUCGGAAGCUGUCGACUUUAUGGUGCAAUCGGGGAUUGCAGAAUCGCGGGAAUACGCAGUUGCUAUUGGGAAAAGACUUGAAGAGGACUAUACUUUCUUUCAUCAUGUCACUAGAACCCAAGGCUUUAAAGACGAGCCGUUAUUCUUCCGUUUCGUGUCAGGUGCUUCGGGACAAAAAGAUAUUAUUGCCAAGACCGUAAAUCAAUCGGUCACAGGCUUUCAACCUUCACAAAUGACCAAGGGCAAGCAAAAAACAGCAGCCGAACUCGCAACACCUACGUUAGUGCCAACCCACAUUACUGCCAGUGAUGUUGGUAACGCUAGCGGUGCCGAGGGUACGGAUAGUACUGAACCCGCGAAGAAAAAGGGGGAACGCAUUCGAAUGGAAUACGAUGCUACCUUGAGACAGGAGCACGUCAAACAGCUGAAACAAAUUGGGAACAGAAUCGCGAACGACGUGCACAUGGUUAUGAUAUCGGGUCCUUCAGGUUGUGGAAAACGUGCAUUGGUGGAAUCAACCUUCGAUAGCGACAAAAAUGCCUUAUUUUCGUCCGCCAAAUUCGAAAAGACAGAAAACUCACCAUUUGCGACAAUACGACUUCUAUUUUCGGAAAUCUGCAAAAAGAUUGGUGAUAAUUUCGAUAUUUGUCGCAGUUUAGCCGAGACACUCACUGGAAAUCAGAAACUCGCUUUCAUCAAUUGGGUACCCGAGGCCGUCACAAUGCUUUUUGCUGACGACGUUGAGCAAGAAGCCGUUCGGACUGAGUCCGAUGGGGAAGGCGCUUGCAUCAAACAUACACUACUAUCGUUCUUGGAAGCGGUGUGCUCUUUCUAUCCAGUUAUCCUUCUACUUGAUGAUAUCAUGUUCGCAGAACAAGAAACACUUGAAAUUCUUGACUUUGUAUUGAAGUCAAGCCAAAAUAAUCUGCUUUUAGUGGCAACAUAUCAAACUGACCACGUGGAUGAAGAGCACAACCUGAUGAAGUUCAAGAAGGAAAUGACCAAAAAAAUCAAGGUCGAGAGCAUGGCAAUGGAAAACUUGAACGAGAACCAAGUUCGAAUCUUCCUCAGUCACUCAUUGAAGUUAGAAGAGGAUCAAGUUGCAGAACUUGCGACACUGAUGAAAACGAGAACGUUGGGAAAUAUGUUUUUCCUUAUUCAGCUUCUUGAAACGCUACAGCAGAUGCGUCUCCUGAUCUACGAUUUUCCAACUUUAAAAUGGAAGUUUGACGUGGAACAGAUUCGGCAGGAGACCAAUGUGUCUGACAAUGUAGCAUCACUACUGUCGAUGAGAAUUGCAAACUUGCCGCGUUCUGUGGCAGAGACAUUGAAAAUUGCUUCAUGCUUUGGUACUUCUUUUGAUCCCGAUGUCAUCGAUGCCACAAAGUCGGUCUUGAAGAUCUACGAGGAAACUGCCUACGUGCUUGACCAAGCAUGCAACGAAGACUUGUUGAUUCGAAUUUCAGAGCGAGAAUACAAAUUUGCCCAUGAGGAGGUUCGGCUGGCCGCAUACAAGCUUCUGCCCGAAGGAGAAGAGCGAAAAAAGGUUCACUGGGAGAUUGGGUUCAAGCUUUCGAAACGUCGGAACUUGCUACAGGAUAGCAGUAAUCUCUUUGCCUGCGUGGAUCAGAUGUUGCAAAGCGAAGAGCAAAUGUUCCUUAUGGUCAAACGAAAUUACAAAAUCAGAAUUGUCAACUGGUUCCUUCGAGCAGGACAAAGCGCGAUGACAUUAUCUGCCUUUGGUGUGGCCAAUCGGUAUCUUCGUACCGGUGUCCAGCUUUUGGCAGACGAUCCGAAGGCUGCCUUUCGUGAUCACUACGAAUCUUCUGUUUUGAUGUACUCAACCCUUGCGCAAUCAGAACUCAGUGCCGGCCGAGUCGAAGAGAGCCGAAAGCUCGCUGAGACGGUCCUCGAAGAGAGCCGGCUACAAAAAGACAAACAGACCGCUAGUAUUACCUUGUUUCGCUGCUUCACUGCGGAGAGCAGAAUGAAAGAACAACUUGAUUUUGCUAUCGAUCUGUUGGCUGCAGCUGGGCUCAAAAUCCCAAAAGACCCCAACGUUAUUCAAGUGAAGCUAGAGUGGGAAAAGACGAAAUCUGGCAUCAAGAAUGCCGAAGAGGUUCUUGCCCUUCCCCAUGCAACAGAUAAGGGCAUUGACUUUUGUUAUGAUAUCAUGACUGAUCUUGUUUUGACCUCGGAUGCGCCGGGGCGACUUUUCAGUUGCUUUGCAACUGCACGGAUGGUUCAGAUGACGCUGAAGCAUGGUCUCUCGAAGUUUACUCCUCUGAUUUUCAUCCUUGUGGGUUUAGACUUCAUUGCGUAUGGCAAUGACUUGAAAGAAGGAAACAAGUUCAUUCAACUUGGGUUUCAGAUUCAAGAUAAUGUUGAAGUUGCUUUGAGGGGGCGUGUGCUAACACAGGCAUGUAUGGCUCUCGGGUGUGUUCAGCCAAUCUCCAGGUGUAUGUACCUGGCAUUGGAUGGAUACAAGGCCAGUAUGGAGCUUGGUGACAUCCAAAAUGCAUUCCACGGAGCUCGUGUCUACCUUUGGAGCUUCUAUUACAGUGGCUUGCCUUUUGAACCGCUCAUUGAUGACAUUGAAAGAUUUGCUCUCCAAAUGCUGGAUUAUAAACAGCUUUAUCUCUUUCACAUGGUCACACCGAUGUACCAAUUAUUGCUAAACUUGCAAGGUGUCUCAGGCGACCCGACGAAUAUCGAAAAGGGAAAGGCAAUUGAACUGGCAGGUAAAGUUCCGACUGAAAGUGAACAUGACGUAUGUUGGGAGUUCAUCCGUGCCUAUGGAAUGGAACUUGCGUUCUACUUUGGUGAUCUGGAGAAGGCUACAAACUAUUACAAUGAGAUCAAGAAUUUGCACAUCGGAUACCUCAAGGCAACCUUGCUGUUUCACAGCAGAGUUUUCUUCUACGCGCUCAUUUCGAUUGAGAACUAUCGAAUUACCAAGAAAGUGCAAACCAAAAACGAUGCCAAGAAGUACACUGGUUUCUUGAAAAACUUGGUGGAACAAGGUGCUGUGAAUGUGAACCAUAAAUUCCAACUCCUGCAAGCCGGAUUGAUGUCGUUGGCUCCAAAAGAUCCGACCAAGGUUGUCAGAAAGUACGAAAGGGCAAUUGCCCUUGCGUCCCGAACUGGAUUUCUUCAAGACAGUGCUCUGGGAAACUAUCUGUGCGCCCAAUUCUGCUUGAGCCAACCCGACCAAGUGGACUCAGCCAGUCGUUUCAUCGAAGAAGCGUACAAGCAGUACCAAUCUUGGGGAGCAGCAGAAGUUGCAGAAUCAGUGAAGAAGCGCCAUCCGGAAUGUUUCCCCAAAGAAGCACCGGGUAGCAGAGUACGCCAACGAAAGAGUGAAGGGCUUCGCAGUCGACGACAUUUCCGUGGUUCGAUUGCUCAUAUGCACACAUCCUUGGCUACUGCUCGCAGAAUCAAGCGCAGUAGCAUGGACGAGAGUGAACAACCGCCGUCCUUCAAUUAA